AUGGGAGAAACUGUGGUUGGUUUUCUCAACUACUUGAGAAAUUCGUACCUACGGGAGUUCUCAAGAAUUGCUGGUAAAAACCCCCGUUUACAAAUAGUUUGUGGAAAUGAAAGUGCUGACUUGGAUUCGGUAGUCUCGGCCAUUACUUACGCCUAUUUUAGCUAUAUAAAGGAUCCCAGCAGACCGUUCUUACCGGUGCUUAACAUUUUGAGAGCGGACCUCGAAUUGCGCAGAGAUAUUGUUUGGGUAUUGAAGCAACGCAAUAUUCCAUACGGACUGUUGUACUUCCAGGAAGAUAUCCAAGGACUGCGGAACCAACUUAACUGUCCAAUUGAUGCAGUGCUUGUUGACCACAACGAUACUCAGUCCACUGCGAGAGAGUUAGUUGAUUCUGUGAUUGCAAUUAUCGAUCAUCACGAGGAUCUGGGUUUGCACAAGGAUAUCUUGGAGCGCCAAUGCGGUCCCAGGAUCAUCGAGAAAGCUGGAAGCUGCUCAUCUUUGGUGUACAAUUACUGGAAUGGAUUGUUAGGUCCGCAAAUGAAUAGAGCGGACACCAGAGCGCCCUGCCUAGGGCUGGCAGCCUUACUGAUCGACACAAGCAACAUGUCAUACAAAGUCGAGCAGCCAGAUGUGCAAGCUCAUAAGUCUUUCAGAGGAUCGAUUCGGGACCUGGAUUUCGACGAAUAUUUCGCGCAGAUAAGGCGUGCCAAGGAUGACAUUGUUGGCCUUCCCUUGCGGGACGUAUUACGGAAGGAUUAUAAAGAGUUCGAUUUUCUGAAGGGCCGCGGAGGUGCGAUUCGAUGUGGGAUGGCGUCUGUGGUCAAACCCUUACAAUGGCUCGAACGACAGUUCCAAGACCAGGAAUUCAAGGCCACUAGCAGCAAGUUUUUAAAAGAGAGAAAUCAGGACGUACUGCUGAUUUUAACGAGCUGGACGGAUGACGAGAACCGCUUUUCGAGACAACUGGCAUUUUAUGCGGAGACGAAGCAAAACACCGAGACGGUAUGCAAGCUGGCGGAUCUUGUUCGUGACAAACUGCAGUUGAGACCCAUCCAAAUUUUGGACAUUCCCGAUGAACGUUUUCGCUUUUAUGCUCAGGAAAACACGAAUGCUAGCCGCAAACAAGUGGUGCCCUACAUGGAGGAAGCUUGCAGGCAGCUAUGA